AUGGAGAGUCUUCUUUCCGGGUGCGAGGGUAUCGCGCGGUCCCUGGGGCUCGCUUUCAACCCGCGUAAAUGUGCAACGUUGCACGUGGGGGUGGGGGGCAGUGCCUUGCGGACGGUUUUCCGACUGGCGGGCGAAGACCUGCCCGUGAUGGGCGAGGGGGAUGCGUACGCGCACUUGGGAAUUCCGACGGGGUUGCGCGUUGAACAGACGCCGUAUGGCGACAUCGGAGACCUGGUCGCUGACCUCGAGGCGGUAAACGCGUCGUUGCUCGCCCCGUGGCAGAAGAUCGAGACUGUGGCGGUGUUCCUGCUGCCGCGGCUCGACUUCGUGCUCAGGGGAGGAGCCGUGAGAAAGGCGCCGCUUGGCGAGGUAGAUCGUGCCCUGAAGCGGAUGGUGAAGGGGUGGCUUAACCUCCCCCAGCGUGCCAGCGCGGAGGUGGUCUUCAUCCCUCCGUCUAGGGGUGGAUGCGGGCUCCCUCCGCUGGCGGACCUCGCGGAUGUUACCGCCGUGGCGCACGCGUUCAGACUUCUGAACGCUGGCGACCCGGUGGUCGCACGGGUUGCGAGGUCGGCGCUGGACAGCGCCGUCCGCUCGAAGAUACGCCGCGAACCGACCGAGGACGACAUCGCCGCCUUCCUCUCGGGCUCGCUCGAGGGGGAGUUUGGGCGGCCGUCCUCUAGCCGCGUCACGUUUUGGUCGCGAAUUAGAUCUGCCGCCUUGAGGUCCGCGGGGCGGCUGGGUUUUCGGCGGCGCUGGGACGCGACGCGGGGGGAACUUGCCCUGGAGUGCCGAGCACGCGGUGGACGGAGGGUAAUCGUGCCCCCGUCUGCCAGGCGGCAAGCCGUUGGCCGUCUGAGGGCCGCGGUGUCGGAGCACUAUUCGUCCGUGCUGGCCGCGAAGCCGGACCAGGGGAAAGUCUUCGACGCGGCCUCCCGUCAUGGAGCGAGCAACUGCUUCAUGCGGAAUGGCAAGUACCUG